CAGAAAGCCCGCAAGUAAAGCCUUGGCGACACAGGCAAAGACCGCUGAAUGCUAGAAGCUGGCAAUACCGUGACUGUGUAGCCUAGCCUAUGUUGCGGUACGCAGUGUGAAGAUAACAGGCUGAAUACCGCCAGAUAAAGCAAACUUAUUGGGAAGACGCGAAUGUAAGGUCUGUCAUUGUAUCAGUUGUUAUUUAAUUUAGUUGAAAGUUGCAUUUUUUCACAGAACCACAGGUUGGGCUAUCCAUUAAUUAUCUUUCCGAAAUGGGACUGAAUGACUGAUAGUCGUCACAUCUCGGAAAUGAGAGCGGAUCUUUUUAUUUCAGGACAGAUCUGCCAGUUCUAGCGCACCUCAGGAUUUACUAGAAGAGGACAGCGAGUUGUCAUCUUCAUAUCCUAAUAGUAAGGACGCACCAACAUAGACCAGACGUUAUUGUAAACUGCAUGUGCUACUUGACAUGAUUCAAUCGAUUUUAUUUACAAGUGCUGUUAAAUUAAUCCUGUCUCGUCUUAAUUCACAUGAUAGAGCAAGGAACAGAAUACAUUCCUCUUGUUCUGAGUUAACUUCAGGUGAGUUCUUUUGUAACGAUGUUUUCCUAUUAUUAUGAUGAAGUAUUAUGACAUUUGUCAUUGUAUCAUUUCAAAGUUAAUCAGAUCCAUUUAUUACAUAUAAACUGUAACAGAAACCUGUAAUUUAAAUGGUAAUUGGAGGUAUUAUCAACAGUAAAAAAUAAAUACAAAAUUAAACAUUGUGGUGCAUUGUGAGAAACAUGGUAAAUUAGGGUGCAUUGUGAGAAAAUUGCUGUAUUUUGAACUGUACUGUAAUUCUUUCCAUAUCUUUGGAGCGCCAAUCAUCAUUUUGAGCACUAGUGAGUUAUGGUAUUGUUGUUUCUGGCUCAUUAACAUAUUUUGAGGCAUGUCUUGUAAGGGGCUAUAUUUGUUGCACCCAUGAGGGGGGAAUGCUGUACCAAUUUAACUCCCUAUGUGGUUGUAGUGCCCCAUCAAUUUAAAAUAUAGAGAUUUAGAGAGUUUAUUAGUCAAAUGCACAGGGUUGCAGAUGUAAAUGCAGGGUACAGUGAAAAUCUUAAGCGCCUAUCUCCAACAGUGCAGGUCAAAGGGAAGUGGAAUGAACAAUAAAACAUUUAAAAAUAUAUAUAUGUAAUAAUAACAAUAAUAAUAUAUACAUAUUUACAACUGUAACAUGAUAAAUGACCAUUGGGGGCAGGGGGCAGGGUAAAUGUCUGUUGGGGUGGGGGGGAUGUCCAUAGGGGGAGCAGUAGGGGUACAGGGGGAGAAGGUAGCUGACUAGUGGUGGCUAUUCAGCAGCUUGAUGGUCUGGGGGUAGAAACUACUGGCCAUUCUUUCAGUUUUUUGCCAUGAUGCUCCUAUAAUGCCUGCACCUGAGUGAUGGAAGUGGGGAGAACAGUCCGGAUGGCUGGGGUCCCUGAUGAUCUUCUUGGCCUUCCUGCAACACCUGGUGUUGUAGGUGUCCUGGAGGGCAGGCAGUGUGCACCCAAUGGUGCAUUCGGCUGAGCGUACCACCCUCUGUAACGCCUUGCGGUCAGCGGCGAUGGAGUUGCCGUACCAAGCUGUGAUGCAGCUCCUGUAGAACACUGAGGGCCCUAGGGGACAGGCCCAAUUUCUUCAGUCUCCUGAGGUUGAAGAGUCGCUGUCGUGCCUUCUUCACCACUGUGUCUGUGUAGUUUGACCAUUUCAGCUCCCCGGAGAUGUGUACACCGAGGAACUUAACGUUUUUGACCGUCUCCACGGCGGCCCCGUUGAUGAGAAUGGGGGCGUGCCCAGCCUGGUUCCUCCUAAAUCCACAAUCAGCGCUUUUGUUUUGCUGAUGUUGAGGGAGAGGUUGUUUACCUGGCACCACAUCGUCAGAGUGCCUACUUCCUCCCUGUAGGCCGUCUCGUAGUUGUUGGUAAUCAGGCCUACUACUGUCGUGUCAUCAGUGAACUUGAUGAUGGAGUUGGACGCAGUCGUGGGUAUACAGGGAGUACAGGAGGAGACUGAGGACGCACCCUUGUGGGGCCCCCGUGUUGAGUAUCAGUGUGGAGGAGGUAGUUGCCUACCUUCACCACCUGGGGGCGGCCCGUCAGGAAGUCCAGGACCCAGUUGCAUAGGGAGGAGUUCAGACCCAGCGCCGUGAGCUUUUUGGUGAGCUUAGAGGGCACUAUGUUAUUGAAGGCCGAGCUGUAGUCGAUGAACAGCAUCCUCACAUAUGCAUUCCUUUUGUCCAGGUGGGUGAGGGCAUUGGCAGUGCAAUGGUGAUUGCGUUGUCCGUGGAUCUGUCGGGACAGUAGGCGCAUUGGAGACGGUGGAGUGUAUCGGGGAAGGAGGAGGUUAUGUGGUCUUUGACUAGCCUCUCGAAACACUUCAUGAUGACGGAAGUGAGUGCUACGGGUCGGUAGUCAUUCAGUUCAGCUACUUUCCCUUUAUUGGGCACAGGAUGAUGGUGGACAUCUUGAAGCAGGUGCAUGGGAAUGAUAGUGGGUAAAUCUAUCUAUAAGGACAGAUUGGAGUGGCAGCUAGUCUUAAACCUUAAAUGGUUGAGCAUUUUGGUCCUUUUGGUCUGUUUUGCCCCGUAGUCGCUGCCAGUUUGGAAGCCUUUGUUAAGGCCUCUAGAAGUCAUUAAUAUGCUGUAAUGUGUAAACACUUUACCUAGCAGCCAACCUGCUUGCACCGAUCCCUUGUAAUUACAGUAAAAUACUGUGAAAUACAAACCCCUCCCCUCAAUGAAUUUAGUUAAUUCAUCCAUUCGUUCAUCCAUUCAUUCCAAUAACGGUAGCAUUAACUUUUACAGUGUAAUACAGUCAGUUCUACGGUAUUGUACUGUGUCAUUACACAGUACUUGCUUUGAUACUGUAUUUAUAUUAAAGUAGGUGUACUGUAAUAUUAAAUACAUAAUGUUACUUGCCACUGAGCUGCCUGUAAAAUACUGUCAAAUUCAUGGUAAGCCUUUUACAGUGUAGGUAUAGCUAUUUAGUCUCGUUAAUUCCCAUAGAUAGGGCGUAAUUGUGAGAAAUGGAGCCAAACAGGGACCUGUUUAUAGGAUACAAUAACAUCAGUGGGAUGUAUUGAUUAGCCUAGUGUUUAAUGCCAUUAUUUAUUUUACUUCCAUGGCUUUGGACAUGAUGGCAUGGGGUUAACCGACUCCUUUCAACCCCACUGGCAAAUCAAAGUGUUCUAUGUGUGGUGGGGGACUGUGCUGUACAGGGCAUUCAGUUGGAACGUGAGCCUUUCUCCAAAGACUCUUCUAUGAAUGUAGGUCUUACUAGAAGACCUACAGUAAGUCAUAAGAGACCAAGCCCACUUCCCUAUUGAUCUCAAUAUUCUUCAGGCAGAUAUUCUACAUUACUUAUCAAAAAGCUUGCCUUCCUCAGCCCUUAGUUGAAAUAUGAUAAUCGUUUGCUCUCCUUCCUGUGAGUGACAUAGUGAUCAAACGAAUGAAUAAAUGUAGUUAGAUUGAUGUGAUAUGAUAUUAUGAUUGAUGUGAUAUGAUAUGAUUCAUAUGACAACAGUUGAGGUUAGACCCAUAUAUCAAUUUCUCCAUCCCAUUGUGUUCGCCAGCUCUGUCUGUAGCGUAUGUUUUAAAAGUAGUAACUUAAUUGAACCCGUCUUGGUUUCCAUAAGUAACCAACAUUUACACACAGUCCUACACUCUUUUUAAAAAAGGUUCCAAAAGUUCCUCUACACAGGGAUAAGGGUUUUACAUGGAACCUUUGUCAUCCAAGAAGGUUCUCUGUGGAAGAAAGGGUUUUAAAAGGGUUCUAUGGGUUCUACCUGGAACCAUUACAUGUUAUUCUACAGACACAAGCUGAAGAACCAUUUAGUGUAGAUGGAAAUGCACAUCUGAAAAAAACCUGUCCUGAAUGAAAUACUUGUGAAAUGAGACACAAUUAACCUGACAUUCAAAUACAACAGGUGAGAUGUUAAUAUCUUCCUGAACCAAAAUGUAUGAACAUUAAUAGAUAUAGGUGUUAUGUAAUAGUUACAAAGGUGUCAUAAGGUCCUGAACUAGAGAUGUAGGCCUGCUAUGGGAUAUUUGAGUUGAAUGAUCUAAGGCCUGAUAAGUGAGGUCAGUUCAGAAGAGGACAGGCAUGGAUUAGCCUAUAGUACAGUCGUUUCUAGUUUGGCUGUCAUGACUCGUGACAUAUUAGGCCUACGUAACAUGGCUGUAUCUUUUUUCAAAUCUGGAUCCCUUGACACCAAUAGAGUUUCCUCUCUCCCCUCUGUCAGUAGAAUGUGUGCACCGAGAUUUGUAAUAAGGGCAAGUCGAGGAUCACACCAUUCCCAUACAUUAGUGGAGUGCUUGGUAGUGUACCUGUAAUGGCUGCAACUUUCCCAAGACUCAGCUCCAGGCCUUAAUUCCCAACCUCAGCUCCCAGCCCUCCCAGAUCAAGGGUAAAAUAAAGUAAUUGUUAAUCCUCAAGGGAUUAGGAACCCAUGAGUGAUUAAAUGUGACUUCUGUCUUUAGAAAAAAAAAAAGGACAAAUUACUAUACCACCUUCGUCUGGGAUCUUUACAGUGGGCUCUUUUAAGAACAAAGUCCAGAUUACAUAUCUCUAUUUCAAUAAUCUUUAUAAUAACGGAUUAAUCACUUUAUGAUCACGGAAAAUAUUGCAUUUCUCAGACGCUUAGCAUCCUCCGAAACAAUGGAAGUCCUCGGAAUACAGUUACGUCUACGUGUAAUUCCGAACUUCCCAGGGAACGUUAUACAAUCGUACAAUCCUCAUCAAAGUGAAACUACAGCCAGUUCUUAUCACAAGCACAUAUCCCCCUGACAGCUUGAGCAGAACAGAAUCCAUGAUGUUUGGCUCUGAGGGUUGGGUAGACAGACAGACAGACAGACAGACAGACAUGUUUGUUCACUGCCUCUGCAGUUAGCGAGUGGUGUUUCCUCUCCUCAAAACAACCUCCUGGGACUUGCUGCUACUCAGUGAUGUCUAAGCAUCAGCACAGCCUCUUUAGACUGUAACCAGAUAUGUGCUUCUUACCAGAGCACUAACAUCUAGACCAGCUCCACCUUACAGACCUGUACUUCAUGUAUAGGAAGGAAGGAAGAAUACAUUUUGUCGGAUGAUGUUCUUACCAGCUGCACAAUUACCGGAUUGUGUGUGUGUUUGGCACAUUUGAACCACCAUAUCCUAAAGGAAUUGCACCGCCAUGUGGUUAAAGGUAAUCUUUAUUAUUCCAUAUGGAAAUUUGGUUUGCAGGCAGGAUGAAUACACACCACUCAAUAAAAAACAUAGACAAUGUAAAUAAAAAUAAAGAUAUGAUAUGGGAGAAAAAAAUCUAAAUAUUUUUCUUCCCCCCUCCUGUAGGGCCUGAGACACAACCCUACACCCCCGUUGCAGAACGGUGGUACGGCCGAUAGUUGCAUGGCCGAAAAGCCUCCUGAACCUGAACCGGUCAGCAUCCCGAUGGAGGAAACCAUCUGUAAUGGGGGAACACAGGAGCCAUCUCUGUUGACAAAUCUGAAGAAAGUGGAGAACCACAUCACAGAGGCCCAGCAUUUCUCCCAUCUCCCCAAGCGUUCGGCGGUGGACCUGGAAUUCACAGAGCUCUCCUACACCAUCCGGGAAGGGCCGUGCUGGAGAAAGAGAGGUACAGUAACAUACACCACAUUGUCUGUCUACGAUCCUCAAGCGAACAGAUGUAUGGGGCAGGACUUUUUCCUGACCACGUACCCUGACCAGAAAAAACUCUGGUUUUUUCCUAGUCAGGUCUUGUUGUCAGGAAAAGCUCCUGGCCCCAGUUGAUGCUUCCUAAAACGUUUAGUACCAAUUUGUAUUACCUCCUCUGCCAUAUAUAGUAGGCUGGAUUUAGCAUUUAUUUCUUGGUGAUAGCUGUCAGAAUAGGUGAGAAUUAGAGAUACCUCAGUGUCUAGAUUUGCAUUGCAUGAUUACAUAAAUGUAUGUAGACAAAAGCAAAGACAGAGAGCAGAUGAGCUCUCCACUUAUUAGUGUGCUGUACUAGUGGGAGGGGUCCUUCUUAGGACAGUAAUGAGAGGAGAACUCAUGCAUUAGGACUUUGACCUUAAAGGGCAACUCCACCACUUUUCAAACUCAUUUUCAUUUUCUCCAGCACAAUACCAUUGCCUAUAUAUGUGAAAACUGCACAUUUCUAUGUUUUGUAGAAAAACAUAUAAAGUUCAAACGUUGACAUGACAUCAUGAAACGUUCAAACACUUAAAAACAGUGACUUUCAAGCACUAUGAAAUUCGUGGUGACAUGGGUAGAAACAAAAUACACUCCCUCUGGCUAGAAACUGGUUGCAGGUUUUGAAAACUCUUCUUUUAAUCCUAGCCUGUGAUGUCACAGAGAAGCAUUUUUUAAGAACUUCCUUCUUAUAUUUUUUCACAUAUGUAGACUGGCAUGGUGCUGGAGAUAAGGAAUAUGAGGUUAAGAAGUGGCUCUUCUGUCACAGCAAUUACAGUAAAUAAUUCACCAGCUAAGCUGUGUGCCCACAGAAAGCUCUGCAGGAAAUGGGCUGUGUUUAUGGUUUAUGGUCAAGACUUUAGAAAAUUAUGUUUACCACUUUUCUGUCACCAGUGUCAUGCCAAAAUGAACCAUUGACUAUUGACUAUUGACUCAGGAUUUAGGAUUUAGAAAAGUCACAUUACAUUCUCUCUAUCAGUCACUCACGUGGCAAGAAAUCCACAUCCAAAGUGGGUAACAUCUUAAUUCUCUCAGGUGUGCAAGAUAAUCUGAUUAACUGUCUGCACACUCUCUCUUUCUCUUUUCUGUUUUUGCUCUUUCUCUCUCUCUCUCUCUCUCUCUCUCUCUCUCUCUCUCUCUCUCUCUCUCUCUCUCUCUCUCUCUCUCUCUCUCUCUUUCUCCCCCCUUAUAAUAAUGACUAGCCCGAUGAGUUCCUGAGAUAGAGGGAGGACAUAGAGGAUAUUAAAUUAGACUUCAUUACAAAAACAAGACAUUUGUGGGGUUCCUGGGAUUUUUAUGAAUGAUGAAUAGGACUUCUAAUGGGCCCUGAGUUUUCCUGACCAUUUGACCUGGCCAAUAAAGUAUCUAUGCCCUAUACUUAUAGCCUACAGUAGUCAGGGCUUGGGAUUUUUCUUGGUCAGGUCACAUGGUCAGGUAAAACUCAGGGCCAACGCAUGUUAUGCUUCUGUACAUGUCAACCUCACUACUCUUCAGAUCACAGUAAUUCAAAAGGUUUCUGAAGACAUCACAAAGAUGCAUUUAAGCCUGUUUGAAUACAAUCCAGUUUGUUUGUUGGUAUUUUACCCCCUUUUACUCCACAAUUUUGAUCUUGUCUCAUUGCUGCAACAACCCAACGCGCUCGGAAGGUGAAGGUCGAGUCAUGCGUCCUCCGAAACAUGACCCGCCAAACCGCACUUCUUAACACCCGCCUGCUUAACCCGGAAGCCAGCCGUACCAAUGUGUCGGAGAAAACACAGUUCAACUGACGACCGAGGUCAGCCUGCAGGUGCCCGGCCCGCCACAAGGAGUCACUAGUGUGCAAUGAGCCAAGUAAAGCCCCCCGGCCAAACCCUCGACUAACCCAGACGAUGCUGGGCAAAUUGUGCGCCGCCCUAUUGGACUCCUGAUCACGGCCGGUUGUGACACAGCCCGGGAUCGAACCCGGGUCUGUAGUGAUGCCUCUAGCACUGCGAUGCAGUGCCUUAGACUGCUGCGCCACUCGGAAGUCCUAGAGAGUAAUUCUUGUUGACCAAAAUGCAAUCAUGACCGACACAGCCCUACCUUGAGUCAGUGAGACAGGUGGUGUGGAGGUUAGCGCUGGGUUGAAUGCUGUUCUGUAGUUGCUCUGUGUGUACCCUGUAGGCUUUGUGUAAGCGCAACGGUGGCCUAGACGGCUGAGGUCAUCAAUAAUGUAGCAGACAGAGUGGAAGCGGAGGGUUCAGUGUAAAACACUGUAGCACAGAGGAUGCUUGUGCUCCUCCGUGACUCUCUAAAAUAAUGACAGGAGCAGGGGAAAUAGUACAUUAUGUGAAAUUAGAAAUAAUGUAGUGAAUAUGGCCUUGUCAUUUACAAACAAUAUGUGACCCUUUCAAAAUGACAACCAGAUUGAAUUGACACAUUCUCACAAAGAUAAAACUAAGGGGACUUUUGAGUGUCAUGGUACCACACAUUGAGUGUGUCAAUGUCCCCUGGCCUACCCUAGGAAUUUGACAGGCUUGCCAUGUCCACCCUAAUCCACCUCUCACUCUGGGGCUGCAUCCGCAUUGCUGACAGACAGGGCUAGAUCAAUAUAGGAAGUGUUUUAUGUCCCCCAUCGUCAAAGAAACAGGAACAAAUCAGUUGAUUCUUACCCAGCAAGUCACAUGAAUUUGGCUGUGUCACAGCCAAGGAAUUUAAGUACAGCUAAUCUGUUGAUAAUAGAUACCUGGGUCAGAGAAUAACACUAAUUGACUGAAUGUAGAUUUUGUACUGUAUGUUUAUGUAUGCACCACUGUACAUUAUGAAGGUUUAGUGGAGCAUAGGUUCAAUGUAAGCACAGAUGACUGACACAGAGAUAUGCCAGCUGGCACAUAGACAUGCUAGUAAUCUGUCAUGAAACCCGUGGAUUUACCAUUGUCACCCAGUCAUAAUUAGGCCCAGGAGUUUUUCCAGGAGUUUUUCCUAACCAUAUGACCUGACCCUAGUUAUACAAUAAUUAAGGGCAGACCUGAAUAUCUGCAUUUUCAAAGCCAUGAUCAAAUCUCACGCUAGCUGUCAAAGAGACUAGUAGACCUGUAGCUCAGAGCUGACAAUGCCCUGAUCUUUGACAAAAAAAUUACUUUUACACUCCCCUUACUAACUAGGCACCUUCCCAAGAGCCAUGAGCAAACCUUGAAUAAAACACUUUCCAUUGUCAGUGUUUGUCAUUUUACCCCCGGUCCAGUCUGUGUCAUAUAGGCUGGUUCUCUCAUUCUACACAGGCUCUCUGAUAUCUCAUAAUGGAAUGUCAGCUGCAUUGAAGGUUGUUUGAAAUGUCACUGCCUUAUUUAGCAUUGCAGUGCAGUCUGAAUCAGACUUUGGAGAGAGCACUCGAGAAUAAGUGGCAGAUUCAAAUUCAAUCACAGCCACGGAGCACAUACUGUGUUUCUCAGUCUGAUUCACAUGCACACAGACUCAAACACACACACACAUACACACAUGCACACCAUUCAUCCAUCCAUCCAUCCAUCCACUGCAGUCUCAAUGAGCCAUUGAGUGAUGUGAUGCAGCUGGCUGCUGAUAACCCUUUUCUAAACAAAGAAACGUGAAUAAGUAGCAUACAUGCAUACAGCAUACAGCUGAAAUCCUGCCUCAAAGGUUUUCCUUAAAAGAGACAGCUAAGCUGCUGUGCUGUGUGAGGAGAUAAUGUGGAGAGAUGUGUGAGUUAAUAGAAGUGUGCUUCCUGGGAUGGAGUUUAAAAAGGUCUUAAGCCAUGGGGAGCUAACUGAGACAGGAAAAGUACCAGUUUUCCUGCAUAAUAGCAACAUUGUAUUUUGGCAGGUAACAAUGUCUUACACUGUCUUACACUGUUUGUGUGUGCGUGUGUGUGUGUGUGUGUGUGUGUGUGUGUGUGUGUGUGUGUGUGUGUGUGUGUGUGUGUGUGUGUGUGUGUGUGUGUGUGUGUGUGUGUGUGUGUGUGUGGACUUGUUGUCCUAUCUUGUCAGGGCCAGAAUGUCCUGACACGAUAGGAAAACAAGAACAUUUUGGAAAAGUCAGGACAUUUAGCAUGUCCUGAAAAGUCAAAAUGCUAUUUUAGGUUUAAGGGUUAGAUUUGUUUAUGUUUAGGGUUUUGGGAAAAUAGGAUUUUGAAUGGGAAUACAUUUUUAUUCACCAAAAAGUCUUGACAAGCAAUGUAAACAUGGCUGUGUGUGUGUGUGCGUGUGUGCGUGCAUGUGCAUGUUUCAUUCAUUACCCUGCUCUGGUAUUGUGAUGGUGCUGUCAUCACCUCACAUCACAGAGAUGAGGAACAAGAUGGAACUAGCUAAUAGGAAAUGCCCCUUUUGACAUACUUUCCCCCCCACUUCCAAUCUAUUAAGGCAUGUGGAGGGAGUUUCUCUUAACACUGAGGAUAGAAGAACGCCUUUACAAACACCUUAAGAACACCUUACGGCAACUGCAAGGAGUAUUCAUCUGAUGAGGUGAUGAGGUCACUCUUGGGGCUGGCUGCACAGGAAAUAAAUAUUCCCGCCCGAGUCGCCUGCUGAGAUCACAACCGUGAUUCAUGCGUAGAGUUAAUGACCCUGCUGUGCUUCCCCUGAGCUGGGCGACAACGUUGCCUCCUGGAUGCUGUAGUUUGUUUUACAAGUGUUCUUUUUUAAUUAAGAAGGAGGAUUUAUUGACUGGAUGCAACAACAACGACAACAAAAACGCCCAGCUUGAAAACUGAAUGUAGAAAGUAAAUACCUUGGUCGCUGCUGGAUGAGCUCAACUCAACACUCACAUUUUACCCUCACAUUUCAUCAACAACAGCUUUAACCUUUGGAUAUCCUCUUAUUCUUUGGGAUAGCAUUGGGAUGCUAUGUCAGCCAUGUUUAAAGACCGUUAUUGACCAUGCAUCAACUCCCAAACAAUGUGCCUAUAGCACUUUAUAUCACAUUCCCUGGUCAUCAAUAAAUUAAAUACUUCUCUAGGCUAGGGAAUCCUUCCCUCUGUUCUGGAUCAGCUUUCCUAGCUGAAAAAAACAACAACUAGGUGACACUGAUGAUGAUGUGGACUGUAGUCGCUUGCUGUGACCAAAACAAAAAGAAACGUCGCCCCGUGAUUGGUGGUUGCUGCUCCGAGUCCUUUGACGUUUUGGCUGAGCUCUUGGAGAGAUCAAUCAGAGUUUGCCUACGUCAGCAGUGCUGCUCUGUAACUGAGCCCCUAGUACCGUAGGGCUUUUAGCUGAACCCAUAGCCCAGGUGGUGCUCCUUCGCCUGGAGGUGUCUACUGUAUGUCUUAGCGGUCACUAAAGGUCAUUCUCAAUGGCUAAUGUCCCAUUAGACAAUGGUAGCGUUCCAGGUCUUCGUCUUUUUGUAGUCGCGCUGCACAGCUGAUGGGAUCUCACAAUGCCUGGAGAAGUGUUUAGAGUCUCAGAAACCACAUUAAUAUGAUACAGAAAUCUAUAAGAUGGAGAGACACUUGCAUCUCUAAAUGCUUGCCAUCACAGGAAAACAAAUAUCCAAAUUUUACUGCUAAGGUGCAGCACGACUGCAAUGCAGACUACCUGGAACAUCACUGAUGUGUCCCAUUGUUGAAGCAGCCAUAAAGAAGGUCUCAGUAAUUGGACAUCAAUAACCUGGAGCUGCAGCGACUAACACGCUUAUAAUUAGCAGACCUGAGCAGGCACCCUGGAACAGGUCAGGAGCUGCAAACCCUGCUCUUCUGAAUAUCAAUGAGUGAACCUUUGACGGUAGUGGUGAUUGAGGUGCAUUUCUAUUCAAGGAGAAAGUUAUGUUGCAGUCUAGGCUAUGAAGCAAUGAAUGGGGGGUCUGGUGAUAUACUUUUGUGGUGAGUAUCUUUAUUGACAUGCUUUGUGAAUUCGAAUGGACCUUAUCCACACUGAACAUUCCAACGCGGUUAUACAUCUUACACAGGCAGAGCUAUUUUUCCUAUGCCAACCAAUGUUUAGACAGCAAUUUUUUAAGAAUAAGUGAACUUUGGUUAGCUCUGCCUGUCGGUGCAAGAUGUAUAACCAUGUUGGAAUGUUCAGUGUGAAUAAGGUCCAUUCGAAUUCACAAAGCAUGUCAAUAAAGAUACUCAUCACAAAUGACAUGUGAUUGACUUCUUCCUUCUAUCCCAUUAGACAUGAUUUCAAGUCAACAUGGCCACAGUAUAAUUAAGUUCCACACAUGGGCCCUGUAAAUACUUAAGUUGUACAACUGAUGUACAACACAUUUGGCACAACGGUUGUGAUACAACAGAGAGUUUUCUGCACAAAAAGAAUUACACCAGUGUGGAGACACCACUCAAUAGUUGUCUUAACAAUUUUGUGCAGACAAAGUUUCCUUUGUAUCAAAAAAAUAUCAGUUGUAUCACAACCAUUGUGUCAAAUAUAUGUUGUACAUCCGUUGUACAACCUGAGUGUGAAUGGAGCCAUGGAGCAGUUGAUAGACUUGAUACAGUAAUCAAUAGAACAAGUUUUGACUCUACUCUUGUAUUUAGGCCAGUCUGUAUUUAAAUCUACUUGAUCUAUUACUGAAAUUAAUGGAAUUCAUUCAUACCAUUUGUGACAUUGAUGGACCUAUUCCUUACACAAUAGAAAAUCCCUCCAAGAGAUCAGUGAGAUUGUAAGUGUCUGGUCUUUUUCCAGGUUUUAAAGCCUUACUGAAAUGCCUUUCGGGGAGGUUCUGCAGCCGAGAGCUGAUUGGAAUCAUGGGGCCCUCAGGGGCCGGCAAGUCCACUCUGAUGAACAUCCUGGCUGGCUACAGGUGAGAGUGCUGCUAUCAUUCUUUUGCAUAGUUUUUUGUUUUAAAGGAGACUGGAACACCACUCUACCUUACGUAUAUUUUGAUGUUUUAUUCAGAUAUAUCAGAAAGGUAGAAGGAGAUAGGUGUAACAGGGUAAAGGGUUGAGGCAGUGAUUGAAUCCCGGUCUCUGUGGGUCCUACAUGUGCAUAUGAGCGGGAAACGUUACUGCUCAGCAACAGCUCUGCACUGCUUUUGCAUAGUUUACACUACCUGCAAGCACUUCUUUUUGCUUAUUCAAGUAUUUAUCCCCAUUUUCAACGAACACCUCGUCUGACAUCUAUUUCCCAAAAAGUGCUCCUGCUCUGUUUCAUUCCACUGUGAUUGGAAUGUUAACUCAUUGUAUUUUUUUUACACACAUAGCAUUAUUAUUGUAAAAACUGGAAGCAUCUACAGUAACUGUGAGGAAGGUCUAGUACCUAGUAGUAGGUUUUCACAGUACCCAAACCAAUUUUGGGAUGUUUUAAACAAUUGUAUGAUGUGUUUGAUCAUGGGAAAAGAGCCACAGUGGAAAUAAAAGUAUGAUAAUGUGGGUUUGAUGGAAAUGAACCCAUGUGUUUAUUAUCAAUCAUCAUGUCACUGCACAAGGAGUAGUCAAAUGAAUAUGUUUGUAUUCAUCCAUUCUCCACUCCUGUGUGUCCUCCUUAGGGAAACAGGCAUGAAAGGGAAGAUCCUGGUAAAUGGGAAACCCAGAGAUCUCCGCACAUUUCGUAAGAUGUCCUGUUAUAUCAUGCAGGAUGACAUGCUGCUGCCGCACCUCACUGUCCGGGAGGCCAUGAUGGUGAGAGAACAGGGUUGUGUUCAUUAGGGAACGCAAUGGAAAACAUUUUAAAACGUUUUGCAACUGAAACAAAAAUGAUUAUUGGUCAAAUCUAGGUAGUCCCUCCCUGUUUCAGUUCGUUUUCUUCCGUUUGGUGCCUAAUGAACAUGACCCAGACAUGUUCUUAUUGGGAGAAUAGGUUGUUUGUUUAUGGUUUGUUAUUAUGCAGUAAUGAUGGACUAAUGUGAGGUGUAGAAGAAAGUGGUGACUGCUGCCAUCCACUGGAAGAACUGCAGUGUGAAUAGUGGAAAUCAUACAUUUUCAGUGGAUAUCGUACAUUUUCAUGACUAAAACGUAGCUAAAUUACUGUAUUCUAUGGAUUUGAUGUUGUUUCAGGUUUCGGCCAACUUGAAGCUCAGUGAAAAUAUGGAAGUGAAAAAAGAACUGGUGAGUUGGAUAGAAAUGAACAGCUUGCAGAUGUGUGAAAUUAUACAUACAACUGUGAUUUGUGUUUACCUACUAAUGGUAGAACAUUUUAUGUGUGUGUGGGUGCCUGUUUGUGUGUGUGUGUGUGUGUGUGUGUGUGUAGGUGAAUGAGAUCCUGAUUGCUCUAGGGCUCCAGGAGUGUGCUCACACCCGCACCAGCUCCCUAUCUGGGGGGCAGUGUAAACGGCUGGCAAUCGCCCUUGAGCUAGUCAACAACCCCCCAGUCAUGUUCUUUGACGAGCCAACCAGGUAAGAGGCUCACCAUGUCCACCUGAUCCGUCAACGAUGGGACAAGACAAGCCCUUGUACAUUCUUGUUGGUGGUGUAGUGUGGCAGUGUUACUUGAUCUAAGUCCUGGAGGGCUUUCAGAUAUCAAGAUUUCAGUCCAUUUGAGAUAACAGGGCCUGGAGGAAAAACUCCUGGUCCUACUGAUGAUGUAACAUGACCUCCACCUCCACCAUGGAUUAAACCCCCCUUGCUACUACAGAUUAUGUGGAAUGUAGCCAUGCACUGAAAGUGCCUUUCUAACUGCCCCUCAGGGAUUAAUAAAGUUGUAUGGAAUUGAAUUACAUUAUUUACCCAUCAGUACCCUGAGUUUUGGGGCUGGAAUAAAUUGGACAUAUAUAACCUGUAGUGUUAUACUGUACAUUCCAUAUUCAUUUGAAAUAGAGGUUGUUUCUCAACUAGCAGUAUCCUGCUGGUCCUGCUUCCCUAACCCUCUCCUGUCUAUGUCUGUUUCCAGUGGUCUGGACAGUGCUUCCUGUUACCAAGUGGUUUCCCUCAUGAAAUCUCUAGCCCUGGGGGGACGCACCAUCAUCUGCACCAUCCACCAGCCCAGCGCCAAGCUCUUUGAGAUGUUUGAUAAGGUACAAACAGGUCUCUCUCUGUCCACUUCAAUCCAUCAUGUGGUCCUCUGUAGCUCAGCUGGUAGAGCACGGCGCUUGUAACGCCAAGGUAGUGGGUUCGAUCCCCGGGACCACCAAUACACAAAAAAAAUGUAUGCACGCAUGACUGUAAGUCGCUUUGGAUAAAAGCGUCUGCUAAAUGGCAUAUUAUUUAAAUGAUUAGGCAACACAUGAAUACAGAGCAGUGGCAGUUGUCCCCUGGGUGUGGAAAGGAGUUUUUCCUAACCACGUAACCCGACCAGAAUAAUUCCAGGACCCUAGUUGUAUUCUAUACAAGUUUUUUUCUGGUAGGGUCACGUGAUCAGGAAAAACUCAGGUCCCCACCCAUGGACCAGCUGUGUCUUUCUCUCCACCUGAUGUGUUGUCUUGUCCUUCCACAGCUGUACAUCCUUAGUCAGGGCCAGUGCAUAUACAAAGGCACCGUCCCAUACCUCAUCCCCUAUCUGAAGAACCUCGGGCUCCACUGCCCCACCUACCACAACCCGGCAGAUUUCAGUGAGUUCAAUGGGACCUCAGAACAGAGCACACAUACUCAAUAUCAAUUCAAUAUCUUUGUUCGUCUUUUGCCCCACAUUGCAGACCUCUGCCAUGUUUUGUUAAUACCCUCUUCAUAAUGCCUUAAAAAUGCAGUUACAUUGCCUUAUUAGCUAUGCAUAAUGGGUUUUAGUAAGAGGCUAUUCAUAGAAAGUGUUAACAGGAUUUUCUCUGUCCCAGUCAUCGAAGUGGCAUCAGGGGAGUAUGGAAAUUGGAAUCCUAUUCUGUUUGAGGCGGUCCAGGGUGGAAUGUGUGCCAUUGAGGAGAAGAAGAACUCAUUUGACAAAAAAGACACAUCCUCUGUUUGUCCAACAAAGUGCCUCAAGGUGAGGACUAAUGUUACAUACAACUAAGAAUCACUAAGGAAUAAGCCCCAUUGACUGACACACACACACACACAAACAAACAAACACUUUAGACAGUGACACUCUGCUUUGUCUUGACACGCCCCCGUCUGUCUCUUUUCACAGGACUCAGGAGCCAUUGAGAGCCAUUCAUUUGCCACAAGCACUUUUACACAGUUUUGCAUUCUCUUCAAUAGAACGUUGAUAACAAUAUGUCGAGACCAGGUAUGUGAGUAGAAUUACAAGGGCAUUCCUCAGGUAGCUGGGUGCUAAAUGGUUGCAAUAGCAUGCAUGUAAAAAACGUUUUGGGCAAGUUUUAAGACUAGCCAUGGAUUAGUGGAAAAGGCACUUUUAAAUUAGAUUCUCCAUUGAGCAUGCUUUUAAACCUGCCCUAUACAUACAUCAGUGACAUGAGGAUGAGUGAAUUGUAUAAGAGAGGAAGGUAUGCAUGCCGUGAGUCAUUGUGAGCGUUUCUGUUUCAGGUGUUGACACACCUAAGGCUGAUGUCACACAUCUCUAUAGGAGUACUGAUCGGCUUGCUCUACUUGAACAUCGGCAACGAUGCCAGCAAGGUCUUCAACAACACCGGCUUCCUCUUCUUCUCCAUGCUCUUCCUCAUGUUCGGAGCUCUGAUGCCCACCGUGCUCACGUGUGAGUUGACAGUAUUGUGAGGGGGACUUGUGCGUUAAUCAGCAAUAUGGCUUAUAGGCAUAGUGUGUACUGGUGUUUUACCAGGAGGAACUUUGCAGUCAAUGGUUUCAUCCUUAAAUGGCACCCUAUUCCCUGGUCAAAAGUAGUGCACUAUAUAGGGAAUAGAAUAGAGCCAUUUGGGAUGCAACCAAUAUGUUUUAUGUCUCUGUAAGCCUUUUCACAAUGCAUGUUCUUAGCCUAGGACCUAGGGCUAUCAUUAACCCUAGGUUUAAACAGGCUAGCUUACCCUGAAGGGUCACACAAGCAUUUGUUAACUCUGCUAGGCUAACUGAAACCAGUGUCAACUCAUCUUUAUUUAUUAGUCAGGAUAGUCAUUGGAUAGUCCAUUCAGCAACAAACAUAAUUGUUUCCCAGGGAUCCCCUAGGAUCCAUGACAUUGGUAAGUAUGUUAAAGAUUUGAUUCUUCUUUGCUGUUUCUUAAUGUCUGACCUGCAGUUCCUCUGGAGAUGUCAGUUUUUCUGAGGGAACAUCUCAACUACUGGUACAGCCUGAAGGCUUACUAUCUGGCUAAGACUAUGGCUGACAUUCCAUUCCAGGUGAGUUGGUCAUCCAAACAAAGCAGGAACACAGCAGAACGUGUGUGUGUGUGCAUACAUGUUUGUUUGUGUGUUUGUGUGGUUGUAUGUGUGUAUGCAUGUGUGCAAGUGAGAAAGAGAAAGUGUGUGUGUUUGUUUCUCAGAGAACCCAACAGCAUAAUACAAAUAGAUACAGCAGUGCCACCCAGUGUUUAUGUACAGUACGGCCCUCUCUUCCCCAGGUCCUCUGCCCCAUCAUGUACUGCAGUAUAGUGUACUGGAUGACAGAUCAGCCUCCGGAGGCCAUCCGCUUCCUGCUCUUUCUGGCCCUGUCCAUCUGCACGGCCCUGGUAGCCCAGUCACUAGGGCUCCUGGUUGGUGCUGCCUCCACCAACGUCCAGGUACCUGCUGGAACGAACUAAAUACUAACUAAUGCUAAUGUUUCACCAUCUAGCUAAUUUUCUUACCACUUUGAAAUGGCACAUGUAGCCUUCAUGGGUGCACGUCUCCUAGUCAGUACACACAGCAAGAGGGAUUUUAUUUAUUUUUUCCUAACUGAGCGCAACAUAAAUAACGUAGUGACUUAUUUUGCCAAUCGGCUUGCAUGAACAGCCGGAUCUACUUUUUGUCCACGAGCACCAAUCAAAUGACUUGUCGCUUGCAAAGUGUACAGACCAUUAGCCCCUCUACCUUUCUAUCUUUCCACAGGUGGCCACUUUCGUCGGCCCCGUCACUGCCAUUCCUGUCCUUCUCUUCUCGGGUUUCUUCGUCAACUUUGACACCAUUCCCAAGUACCUGCAGUGGAGCUCCUAUGUGUCCUAUGUCAGGUAUGUCCCACUUGUGCUGGAGUCUGGUCUAGUGGUAGCUGCUGACCUUGAACUACACAUGACAUGACCACUAGCGGUGGGGGUUCGACCCCAGAGUCCAACGCUUUACGUCUUCUACCUAUAACUGUCUCCACUACUCACUUCAUGCCUGUCUAUCUCAAUAAAAUAAGAAAAGAGAGAGGGGGUAAAAUGUCCCAAUGCAACACUGAUUGUUUCCAUCUUUGCAUUGUAUUGACCUUUAAAUAAUAACAACACAGGUACCAGUCAUCUGGUUUCAUCUAGAUUUUAGACCAAUCAGUCUGUGUUGUCUCCCAGGUACGGCUUUGAGGGGGUGAUCCUGUCCAUAUACGGGAUGAACCGUACCUAUCUGUAUUGUCCGGGGAAAGUGUGUAAGUUCCAGAAGCCUGAGGAGGUCCUCCAACUGUUGGACGUGGAGGACGCCAAGCUCUACAUGGACUUCAUCGUUCUGGGGAUCUUCUUCGUGAUCCUCCGAUUCGCCACCUACCUGGUGCUGCGUUACAAGGUCAAGUCAGAGCGAUAAAAUAAGAAAACGUGGGUCCCACAUCCAGUUUAUAUAUCAAUACCAUAAAUCGCUGCUCGGAAAAACUGGAAUAUAUCACUUUUCUCUGUUGAAGUCAUGAUGAGACCAGAGAAGAGACAUCUUCUAUCAAACAUAAAACAUUUACCUCAGCAAGUAGGACUCCAAGCAUCUACAAGCAUCUAUAUGUACAGUAGGGUGGGACUGAUGAGGGCACACAGACUGUUCAAAGGACAGACCUGCAGGAAAAACCAAGAAACAGAGAAUGUUUACAUAUCAUUUAGCCUUGGCAUAGCCAGAGGACAUUCUACUGUUGCACUGGAGUGUGUCUGUUUUUAAAGACAGAAUUAAUGAGUAUUGUAAUCAUGUGUUGAUUCAAUUGCCUCAACUGAACAGAACUAUUCACUUUUCUUCCUACUAUCUUUCACUCAUCUAUGGUUUC